AGGCGGCUGGCCGGGAGGCCGGAGCCGGGCCAGCGAUCCGCCAUGGAGACCCGCUACAACCUGAAGAGCCCGGCUGUUAAACGUUUAAUGAAAGAAGCAGCAGAAUUGAAAGAUCCAACAGAUCAUUACCAUGCACAGCCAUUAGAGGAUAACCUUUUUGAAUGGCACUUCACAGUUAGAGGGCCCCCAGAUUCUGAUUUUGAUGGAGGAGUUUAUCAUGGACGAAUAGUACUGCCCCCCGAGUAUCCCAUGAAACCACCAAGCAUUAUUCUUUUAACGGCUAAUGGACGAUUUGAAGUAGGCAAGAAAAUCUGUUUGAGCAUCUCAGGACAUCAUCCUGAAACUUGGCAGCCUUCGUGGAGUAUAAGAACAGCAUUAUUAGCCAUCAUCGGGUUUAUGCCAACAAAAGGAGAGGGAGCCAUAGGUUCUCUAGAUUACACACCAGAGGAAAGAAGAGCGCUUGCCAAAAAAUCACAAGAUUUCUGUUGUGAGGGAUGUGGCUGUGCCAUGAAGGACGUCCUGUUGCCUUUAAAAUCUGGAAGUGAUUCAAGCCAAGCUGACCAGGAAGCCAAGGAACUGGCUAGACAAAUCAGUUUUAAGGCAGAAGUCAAUUCAUCUGGAAAGACUAUCGCUGAAUCAGACUUAAACCACUCUUUUUCACUAAAUGAUUUACAGGAUGAUAUACCUGCAACAUUCCAGGGUGCUACAGCCAGUACGUCGUACGGAGCCCAGAACCCCUCAGCAGCAUCCCUUCAACAACCUGCUCAACCUGUAGCUAAGAAUACCUCCAUGAGCCCUCGACAACGCCGAGCCCAGCAGCAGAGUCAAAGACGGUCGUCUGCUUCCCCAGAUGUGAUCCAGGGCCAGCAGCCAAGAGACAACCACACUGAUCAUGGUGGAUCCGCUGUCCUGAUUGUCAUCUUGACUUUGGCAUUGGCAGCUCUUAUAUUCAGACGAAUAUAUCUGGCCAAUGAGUACAUAUUUGACUUUGAGUUAUAAUACUGUUUUGUGUCUUAAGAGCUGUGACUCUGCUGCUUCAUUAAACAUUCUGCAUUGGGUAUAAUCUAAGAAUUGUUUACAAAAAGAUUAUUUUGUAUUUACCCUUCAUUCCUUUUUUGAUCCUUAUAAAUUCAGUAUAAAUAUAGCUAGACUUUCAGACUGUAUCCUGCUUAGUUCAAGGGACUGAAGUCACAGCCCCUUGUCUCACCAUAUGACCUGCUUUACAGGGAAAUAACUUAUUGUUGUUUCUCAUGCCUCGGCUUCUUUUUUGUAAAUUUGUGAUACUUUUCUGUAUAGCCCUUUGACAUUUUUGGAUAAAAGAUGGUGUUUUAAGUUCCAGUGAG